CGAGAGGGGGCAAUCUGUUUGCUUGUGCUGGAAAAGAAAAUUGCAUGACUGGAGGGACCCGACUGCACAAUUCCUCCUCUCCUAUUGGUAGCUAAGGCCAAAGUUAACAAACCCUCGUCGCCUCUACCUUCUAUUUUCCGGCAAAAACUUACGAUGAAAAGCUCUCAAUAACUGACAACUUCCCUCUUUAUCUUUCUCCGUGCCUUGAGGAUGGGCGCCUCGUUAUCGAACCUGACGGAGGGAGCGGGCAUGGGUGGUCCUGGUUUGGGGGACAUACCGGAGAGCUGCGUGGCUUGUGUUUUCAUGUACUUGACGCCUCCUGAGAUUUGCAAUCUGGCUCGAUUGAACCGUGCUUUUCGAGGAGCCGCUUCUUCCGAUUCCGUUUGGGAAAACAAGUUGCCUUCUAAUUAUCAGGAUCUGCUCCAUAUCCUCCCUCCUGAUAGAUACCUCAAUUUCUCCAAAAAAGACAUAUUUGCCCUCCUCUCUCGCCCUCUCCCUUUUGAUGACGGCAAUAAGGAGGUGUGGCUUGAUAGAGUGACGGGUAGGGUUUGUAUGUCGAUAUCGGCCAAAGGGAUGUCAAUUACGGGAAUUGAAGACCGCAGAUAUUGGACUUGGGUUCCUACUGAAGAAUCAAGGUUUCUUUCUAACUUGGUUUAUUUAUUUAUUUUAACAAGCAGCACCAGAACUAGUUUGUCCUCUGCAACUUUCAUUCAUGCUUCGAUUUGGUUGUUAAUCAAUUAGUUAUUGAUGCUCACGAAAUGAUCCAUUGUUUUCGAUUUCAAAAUUAAUCGUUGCUAAUUCACUACUUGUCGAAGUUGAUGCUAUAACUUCUUACUGUAAAUCAACCUCAAAUUCAGCCAAAUCUGUUCCAGGUAUUGUUAAUAACUUGGCCAUUUCAUUGUUGCUUUGUUGGAAUUUAACAAGUUCAAAAGCUUUGCAUGUAGUCAGCGAUGAUAUUUGGAUCAACUACUACUCUCUUGAGCUGGGGUUAGUUACUUUCUGUUGGUUGUGGGGGGCAUCUGCCCUUCGCUUCCCUGCGAGUUGUGGAGAGAUGCAUCUGCCUUCUCUUUGGCUCACUAACUAAACCCGGCCUGAAAAUUAAUAUCACUUACUACUUUAUCUGCUUCCUACGAGGACCAUCUUUAAUUGGUUUCCCAUCAAGCUUUCUCAUCCUAGUUAUUUGUCUAUUUUAUUGUCCAAUACUGGAUUUGUAUGUAAUGUGUUUACAGCUUUUUUAUUAUAGUUUUUAAUGCUUGUUUCUUUAGUGUUUUACAUUUCCCAUAUUAUAUGUGAAAUAUCAUUUGUUUUCUUUUCCUGUUUCUGGAUGCUUUUCUCGAUGAUAGAAGUCUAGGCGGUAGAAAUGUAUAUUCUGCUUAUUCUGUCUGUGCAACGGUGAUCAAUCUCCUGCAAGGGUAUAUUCUCCACUUUCCUUUUCUGUCCAUAUGCUGGUCAUAAAUGUGACCUCAUAAUUUGUGUAGUCAUUUCCAAUUGAAGAAGUGCAUUUGUUGACACAAUCAGAGGAUGGACAAUCCCUUGUGAUCAUUUCUGCCUGCCUUUGUUUAUAUUAUCUUUUCCAAUUUUUAUGCUAGAUAAUUGAAGCAUGUCUGGUAGCAUGAAAAACUUGGACUAUCAAAUACAUCGUUACACAUUUUUACUUGUCCUUUAUGGGUUUUCUUGUAUCAAAAUGUCUCAAAAUAAUAUGCUCCAGUUGUCCUUUUAUCAAUUAAAUUGUUGUAGUUUUUAGGCAUGUUUGAUUCCCAGAAAGUAGUUUCCGAAAAACUACUUUC